UUAAAAAUCAUUAGGGAAUUAAGCCCUUGUCUGGCGCCCUCACCCGCUUCCAAGGUUCAAUUUCCCAAUCGUUGGCUCCUCGGUCUCUACCAUAACACACAACUCUUUUCGAUCUCUUUCAACUCUUAAUAGCCCGUUCUCUAAACCGAUCGAUUCUGGGUUUUUGUGUUCAUUGCCUUGACGGCCUCAGGAAAUUUGUGGCGGAGCCUUCUAACUUGUCAACGGAGUCAUUCAUUGGCGUUCUAAAUGGCCAAAAAAGCGACACCAACUACCACAACGUAUUCUCCGUCUCCUACUGUCCACAAAACCAGGCCAUCCCUCUUCAGAACCGAUGACGUCAACUGGGUUCGCCCCGAUGGCCGUGGCUUCCAUCAAUGCCGCCCUGCUUUUUUCAGGACUGGAGCUGUAAAUGCUGCUUCAGGAUCUGCUUAUGCAGAAUUCGGUAAUACCAAGGUCAUUGUUUCUGUAUUUGGCCCCAGAGAAAGUAAGAAAGCAAUGAUGUACAGUGAUAUUGGCCGGCUCAAUUGUAGUGUUAGUUAUACAACAUUUUCCACUCCAGUUCGUGGACAGGGAUCGGAAAACAAGGACUUCUCCUCAAUGUUACAUAAAUCUUUGGAAGGGGCAAUAAUAUUGGAAUCAUUCCCCAAAACAACAGUGGACGUAUUUGCCUUGGUGUUGGAAUCUGGAGGCAGUGAUCUUCCUGUUGUAAUAUCAUGUGCCAGUCUUGCUCUUGCUGAUGCUGGAAUUAUGCUUUAUGAUCUUGUUGCCUCAGUUUCUGUGAGCUGCUUUGGCAAGAAUCUUCUUAUUGAUACUGUUUUGGAAGAAGAAAACUACCAAGAUGGAAGUCUUAUGAUAACUUGUAUGCCAUCUCGUUACGAAGUCACUCAGCUCACAAUCACAGGUGAAUGGACAACUUCUAAAAUUAAUGAGGGUAUGCAACUUUGCCUUGAUGCUUCAUGCAAGCUUGUGGAGAUCAUGAGAUCAUGCUUGAAGGAAUCUGCCGUCACCAUUUCAGAGGAAUAAAAAGAGUGAUGUCUAAUGUCUCUUUUUAGUUUUAGUACGGAAAUCUCAACACCACCCCUUCCCCUUCCAUCCCCAAUUUUGAUGAGAAAGAAAAAUAUGUAAAAUCUUUGGAAAAUGGUUGAUUUGGAUUUUGCAUCAAAGUAAAAAGUAGCAGAGAAGUAUUCAUUGGUUGGUGGCUGACCACAGUAAAAAACAACUCCAAUGGCUGAAGAAGCAAAGUUGACUUGAAACCUCUUUUUCCUUUUUUUUUUCUUUUCCUUUUGGUUUUUUAGCGUUGGUAAGUCAAGUCAAAAGCCUUAUCCUCCUACUUCUACGGUUCUACCACGCUCCAUUUUGAAGUCUAUUCUCUAGUCAAAGUCUAUUUCAUUCUUUGUAUUUUUUUUUUUUCUUUUUGAAAUGUUUAGUUAUGAUCCUUUUAACACAUGGAUUCCAUAGAGGCAAACAAAGCCAUUGACUAUACUCUCUCGAUUCUUGUUUUGCAAAAUCCUAGUACAAGUUAACAUGGGAUUCCAAAGCUUAUGUAAGCUUUGACUUAUUCCUUUGAAGA